AUGGCACUGCUGGUCAUUGCAGCAGCAGUUUCAACAACCAGUGCACUUGAGUGUUCAAAAGAUGAUGUUCUAUCAAAGUAUCGUUUAUCUGAUAUUCCAUUGGUCUCUACAAGCAAAUUGGACGAUACGCCUCCGUCAAAGACCAACACCACCUGGUAUUUCAACCUCUGUCAAGCAGAAGGCGAGCUUCCAGCGGACUGUCCAAAGAACUCGCAAAUAUGCGGUGUACAGACUGUGCUAUUGGCUGGCGAGGAUCCCAUCGUGUCGCAGGUCAUUAGCUGGGGCCAGGGACUGAGCUAUACAGUCGAGAACGAUACAGAAUCUGGGUUCGUUGUGAAGAUGGGCGAGACCAACUGGGGGUCCAAUACCGUGGAUUCCACGCUGAAGUUCAACUGCGCAAAGGAUGACGACUUAUCAGUGGAAUGGGAUUCCAAGGCACUAUCUCUCUCUUGGAACACCCCGUUUGCAUGCUUAAAGGACUCAAAAAAACCGCCACCAGAGAAGCCAAAAGAUGGCGAGAAGAACAAAGAACCUGCUGAUGACUCAUGGGGCUGGUUUACAUGGCUCUUCAUCAUCCUGGUGCUGGCAUUUGGUGUCUACAUCAUAAUGGGGGCCUGGCUAACCUUCACAAGGUCACCUGCGGACUUCUCAGACGCAGUGCACGACUUUGUAGAUACGCUCAAGAGCUUAGCACAAGGUGUUCCAAGCUUUGUCAGCGAGAUCUUUGGCCGUGCCGUGGGCAGAGGCGAUAGAGGUGGUUAUAGUGCUGUGUGA